UGUCUUUCCCAUUAUCUAUCUACGUAUCUAUCGGCGUGCGUGCGUGCGUGUGCGUGUGCUCGGUCAUCACGGAGAUAUAAGAGAAGCCCGGUCGCCGCCACCUCCGUCCUCGCCCCCUCCUCUUUUCUGUUCCCAUGACCUGUAUCGGUAGUCUUUGUCUCCAUCUCAAGACCUUGUUCUGGUUUUGUCAUCGAGGCGACACGCAACCGAGGAAAAGAAACAAAACCGAGCACGCGGGAAGGAACUCUGGGUGGUUUCUCUCUCUGCAUGUCAUAUCCAAAAACGCUUCUUAAUAUAAACACGCGAUUCAUAGCGUUGCUGUGAAUACGUUUGGCCUUUCUUCCUCUCUUCCAUCCCACCCACCACUACCACACACACACACUCAUACCACGCUAUCACACACCAGCACACACAGAGUUUGUCCCCCGCGCAAACUCUCUCUCACUCUCACACACACUCACACACUCACACCUCUUCCAAACACAAAGCACCAGAGACGCCCAUUCUUGUCUCCCACAUAGAUAGACCUCUCUGUCUCUUCUAACCGCAGCUCUUCAACAAACCAAACACAACCUCAAAAACAAACACCACCACUCUUGGUCGAUCCAAAGCAACCCGACAGCCGGCGUCGCACAAACACCACACGGGCCUCGAGGCUGCAAUGCGACCUCCCCCCGUCCACGGACUCGUUCACGGGGCAUCCCCCGCUCUCAACCGCCAUCUCGCACUCCCACCUGCCGCCGCGACACGAUGCUUCGCCGUCAUGAUCGCCCACCGCCCGGCCGCCGGCGGCAUCGUGUCUGGCCCUGAGCGUCGUCUCAUCCACUCCUCCCACCGCAAGUCGUCCACCUUGCCCGCGGAACUGCCGCCGGGCCCGGCUGUCCCUCCGCCGCAGCCUACUCUGGAGCCCUCGCGCGCACCCCUCUCGGUCCUGCCUCUGAGCAUGAUUCUUCGCAGCCUGGGCACGACUGCCGUGUCGUCGUCGCCACUGCUGCUAGCACCCUCGCUGCGCAUCAUGGCCGUCCUAGCCCAUUCGGGCAGCGCGCUGCUCAACCCGGACCGCAACCCGCUGCUGCGCUUCUUCCUCAAGCGUACCUUUUACGCCCAGUUCUGCGCUGGCGAGGACGGCGCCGAGGUUCGCGACACCAUCGCCCGCCUCAAGGGCAUCGGUUUCAACGGCGUCAUUCUCGGUUAUGCAAAGGAGGUCGUCUUGACCGACAAGCAGGCUGGCCAGCUCGAGGGCGCCAAGGUGGGCGAGGAGACCCAGACUGUCAUCGACAACGAGAUUGUGCCCUGGGCCGAGGGCACCCUUGAAACGGUGCGCCUCGCCGAACCGGGUGACUUUGUCGCUCUCAAAUUCACUGGCGCAGGACGCCUUGCCCUCCACCAGCUGUCCCACCGCCUUUCGGCGACGCCGUACCUCAGCAAGUCAAUCGACUCCAUCUGUCAGCUUGCCCACGAGCGUGGCGUCAGGCUGCUGUUUGACGCCGAGCAGGACCGUCUGCAGGAUGGCAUCGACGACUGGACCAUGGAAUUUUCGCGCAAGUUCAACACCACUCCAGGCCGUGCCACCAUCUUCGGCACCUACCAGGCGUAUAAGAAGUGCGCGCCCGCCGUCCUGUCGCGCCACCUUACCGAAGCCCGGGAGGGCAACUUCACUCUCGGCGUCAAGCUUGUCCGCGGUGCCUACCUGGGCUCUGACCCCCGCGACCGCUUCUUCGACACCAAGGCCGACACCGACGCCUGCUACGACGGCAUCGCCGCGAGCGUCCUCACCCGCCAGUGGAACAGCGUUCUGGAGGGCCAAGGCGAGUUCCCCGAGGCCAGCCUCGUCCUCGCCACGCACAAUGCAGAGUCGGUCCGACGAGCGCGCGCCAUCGUCGAUGCUGGUGUCGCCAAGUCGGAGAUUGCCUGCGCCCAGCUGCAGGGCAUGGCCGAUGAGAUCAGCUGCGAGCUUGUCGAACUCGCCGGCCAGGGCACGGCGGUCCCCGUCUACAAGUAUCUCGUCUGGGGCACCACGGGAGAGUGCAUGAAGUAUCUGCUGCGGCGUGCACAGGAGAACAAGGACGCCGUCGCGCGCACUCGGAGUGGCCGCGACGCCAUGUGGGCCGAGGUUGUGCGCCGGGUCAGGAACGCAUUCCGCUUUGCGUAAGCGAUUGGGGCAAGGUUUUUGAGCGAGCGAGUCUUGAUGACUUGACAUUGAAAAGCGUGCGAAGACCACGGUUACUUGAUUGAUGAUUGAUAGCGACCUUUGGAGUUUCUGGCACUUCUGCCUUUAGAGUUAAUACAGCAGAAAGAUGGCGGCUGGGGCAAGAUAGCAUAGCAUAAUGAGCAAGACGACUU